AGUGGAAAACAGGCAUUGCAGAACAAUGAGAAAGAGGGAAAGAAGGAGCGAGCAAUGGUAGACAGAGUGUUUAUUGCAAGAAUAUGUCGAAUCCUGAAAAUAAUGGUACCUAGAACACUUUGUAAAGAGACAGGUUAUUUGCUGCUUAUUGCUGUCAUGCUGGUAGUCCGCACGUAUUGUGAUAUUUGGAUGAUUCAGAAUGGAACAGUCAUUGAAAGCGCUAUCAUUGGCCGCAGCAGGAAAGAUUUCAAGAAAUACUUGUUCAACUUCAUUGCCGCAAUGCCUGCUAUCUCUUUAGUGAAUAACUUUCUGAAGUAUGGUCUAAAUGAAUUGAAACUUUGCUUCCGAGUAAGACUCACCAGAUACCUCUAUGAGGAGUAUCUUAAAGCUUAUACAUACUACAAAAUGGGAAAUCUGGACAACAGAAUAGCUAAUCCAGAUCAACUCCUUACACAGGAUGUGGAAAAAUUCUGUAACAGUGUAGUGGACCUGUACUCAAACCUUAGCAAGCCUUUCUUAGAUAUAGUUUUGUAUAUCUUCAAGCUAACAAGUGCAAUAGGAGCUCAGGGUCCAGCUAGCAUGAUGGCAUACUUGAUUAUUUCAGGGUUUUUCCUUACACGUUUAAGGAGACCAAUUGGCAAGAUGACUAUUAUAGAACAAAAGUAUGAAGGGGAGUACAGAUACGUCAACUCACGACUUAUUACAAACAGUGAAGAAAUUGCUUUUUAUAAUGGAAACUUGAGAGAAAAACAGACUAUUCACAAAACCUUCCGCAAACUGGUGGAACACUUGCAUAAUUUCAUCCUGUUCCGGUUCUCUAUGGGUUUCAUUGAUACUAUCAUUGCCAAAUACCUUGCCACUGUGGUUGGUUACCUGGUUGUUAGUCGUCCAUUUUUGAACCUGGCUGAUCCUCGUCACCAGAAUAGUACUCAUGCAGAACUUUUGGAGGAUUACUACCAAAGUGGAAGAAUGUUACUGAGAAUGUCUCAAGCUUUGGGCAGAAUAGUCCUGGCAGGCCGUGAAAUGACGAGAUUGGCUGG